AUGAACGCCCCGACCCUCUACGGCAUCACAGCCGAGCUGAACGCCAUCCUCGCCCAACUGGAAGAGCUGGGCGGGGAGAUCACCCCCGAAAUAGAGAACGCCCUCGCCAUCAACGAGGAGCAGUUCGCCGCCAAGACCGUGGACUACGGCCACGCCAUCCUCAACCUAAAGGCGAUGGCCGCAGCCGCCAAGGUCGAGAAAGACCGACUCGCGGGCUUGCAGAAGUUCUACGAGAACACGCAGAAACGCCUCGAGGGCGCACUUUCGCAGGCCAUGCAGGUCUUCGGCCAAGACAAGGUCGAAAACGCCACCAUGCGCCUCUCCUUGCGCCACACGACGGCCACGGAGGUGGACGACAUCGCUGCCCUGCCUUCGGAGUUCAAGACGACGAAGGUGGAGGAGGUCGCCGACAAGGCCGCCAUCAAGAAGGCAAUCCAACAAGGCGAGGACGUGCCUGGGGCGCACCUCGUGGAGAAUACAAGGACAUCAAACACGAUUGAGGCGGGCGACAUGGUGCAUCACCACAAGAGGCUGUGGCUCGUGGAGACCAUGCAGGCGGGCAGGCCCUGCUCCGUGCAGUGCGCCAUGUACGACGCCGACGCGGAGUGCUGCUGCGGCUAUUGCUACCGCUGGGCGAACGGCGACGACAAGGUCUUCCGCUACCUCCUGCCCGACACCGCCGUCAAGGACGCAACCGAGGUGGUGGAGACGCCUGACCUCCUCGCGGCCCGCAUCACCGCCGGCGACGAUCCCCGCAAGGCCUCGCAGCUCAAAUACUACGAGAAGGUCAAGGAGGCGAGGGCGACGAAGGAGAAGCGACCGUACGGGCGUGGCAGCGUGUACCAGAACAAGGGGGCGUGGGUCGGCGACAUCUGCGUCAACGGGAGACGCUACACAUACCGGCACCCGAACAAGGCUACCGUGGAGGCGUGGCUCGACAAGCACGCCGCCAAGUCGAAAACCAUCAAAAAAAGUUGA